UUCAUUUGCAUAGAUAGAGUGUUGCAAUAAUGCACAUAUCUGCUGAGGUCAGUUCGACCACCUCCAAUCAACAGCAGCAGCAUCAGCAGCAGCAGCAACAGCACAAUCCAUCAGCAACAGCAACAGCAGCAGCAGCGACAACAACAACAACAAGCACAACGCCGAUCACGACGGGCAGCAAUACAAAGCGACGCAAUGCAGAGACAAAUAACAACAACAACAACAAUAAUAAUAAUAACAAUAAUAAUAAUAACUCGAAUGCAAAAACAAAACCCGUGGACACUAGUCCAUAUUUAACACCCGAAAAUCUAAUAGAGCGCACUGUCGAUGUCCUUUUAGCCGAACAUCCCGGCGAGCUAGUGAAAACAGGAUCACCUCAUGUGGUCUGCACGACAUUGCCCACACAUUGGCGCUCGAACAAGACCCUGCCGAUUGCCUUUAAAGUGCUUGCCCUGGGCGAGGUCAUGGACGGGACCAUUGUGACCAUACGAGCGGGCAACGAUGAGAACUUUUGCGGUGAAUUACGCAAUUGCACGGCCGUGAUGAAGAAUCAGGUGGCCAAGUUCAAUGAUUUGCGUUUUGUGGGCCGAAGUGGCAGAGGUAAAAGUUUUACACUCACCAUUGUGAUCUCAACGAAUCCCAUACAAAUAGCCACCUAUACGAAGGCCAUUAAGGUAACUGUCGAUGGGCCACGUGAGCCACGCUCCAAGGUUCGUCAUCAGGGUUUUCAUCCGUUCGCAUUUGGGCCACAGCGCUUUGGACCGGAUCCACUUAUGGCUGGAUUACCCUUUAAGUUGCCAGGUUUUGCACAUCAUUUGGUGGGCAUGCAUAGCCAUUUACAUGCACCCGAUUGGCGUGCCCAUAUGGCAUUAGGUGGCCGCCCCGGCGGCUUUCCCACUGGACACUUUUUUACCCAUCAUCCGGGCACAGCGGCAGCAUCAGCAUUUCCCACAGCCAGCAGUCUAAGAACUUUGACAGAUGUUUCGCAGGAGCAACAACAACAGCAGCAGCAUCAACACUUGGCCACAGUGGGUCCGGCACACAGCACCACCAGUCCGGAGGGUUCACCCACUGCCACGCCAACCACCACCACAACCACGAGCAGCGCUUUUGUUCAACCAAACUCUGGAUCUAGUUUGGGCUUGGGCUUGGGUGUGGGUGUUGUCGGCUUGGGAGCUGGCUCGCCGACAGUUUUAACCAGCUUGAGCAGCCAAGAUGAUAACAAUAAUCAUAAUAUCGAUGAUGCCGGCUUCGAAAGUGAUUCGAUUUCGGUCACUGGGUCGCCAAGAAAGAGUCUCAGCUCGCUGACCCAAGAGGAUGAAGAGGCCGAUGCAGAUGGAGAUGGAACGGAGGCCGAAUCGACAUUACUUGGCCAUCAGACAGAGUUCUCAAGCGGUUCGGGUGGUGCCUUUACAGCGCUAAUACAGCGUAGUAAAAACCACACAGAUCUGUUUGGUGGUUUCUCAGCCAAUGGAUCUGCAAGUGGUGCGGCUGGUGGUGGUGGUGGUGCAGGCAAUCCCUUCCCGUCGAGUACACCGCAUACGCCCACAUUUAAUCCCGCAUUGGCAGCCCAAUUGUUUCUCCAGAGUCCUGCCCUGCUGCCCCAGUCGAGUCAAUGGUUAUAUAGUCAACUCUAUGGAUCCUACACCGAUCAUUUGCCAUGGCUAAGAAGUGCAGCAGCUGCGGCGGCUGCUUCUUCCUCCUCUUCGGCCUCCUCCAGUCAGCAGCAGCCAUUGACAACCACGCUGACCACAGUCCCAGCGGCAUCGACACCCGCUGGUGCUUCUGGUGGCGCCGUUGCUGUUGCCUCCGAUCUCAUUAAACGUUGCGUCACCCUCAUCACACACAAUCCCCCAGAUGUUGAGAACUCGAAUCCGAAUGCAGCUGCCUCGCCACCGGUCAGCUCCACGCGACGAUCUCCCUCACCUGUGGAGACCAUCGAUCUGGAUGAUGUUAGCACCACCUCCCGAUCCGCUUCAGUGUCGGGCUCAAGUGGCGGUGGUCCUGGCAGUGGCGGCGGACCCAUUAGGACGCGCACCCCCAAGCCCACAGCGGAUGUUUGGCGUCCCUACUAG